AUGGCAGGUGUGCUAAGGACGGCCUGUCGGGCAGCAGCUGCCUUCACCAGCCGAGGGGCUUUCGCCCAGCAGCUGCGCCAGGCCUUCACGAGCGCCGUUGAGGCACCUACAGUAUGGGUGUUCCUGGGACCACCGGGCGUGGGCAAGGGGACCUACUCUGUCCGUGUGGCCAAGGCUUUUGGCAUGGACCACAUCGCAGCAGGGGAUCUGGUCCGUGCGGAGAUGAAGAGCGGGAGCCAGCUGGGAGCAGAGAUGAAGUCCAUCGUGGACACCGGGGCCCUCCUCCCCGAUGCCCUCAUCCUGAAGGUCAUGCGCGAGCGCAUGCGACUCAGUUCCUCCCGCGGCAUCACCUCCUUCCUGCUGGACGGCUUCCCUCGCACCGCGGAGCAGGCGGAUGCCCUGGAGGAGAUAGGUAACGUCCAGCUCGCUCUAAACCUGUCCUUGCGGCAAGAGAUCCUGGUGGAGAAGUGCAUGGGGCGCCGCAUCUGCAAAAAGUGCGGGUCCAACUACAACAUCGCGGACAUCUACCUGCCAGCCACGGCGGAUCAGCCCGAAAUCGUGAUGCCGCCGCUGGACCCGCCGACGGCUUGCCUGCCGCACCUGGAGCAGCGCAGCGACGACAACGAGCCGACCAUUCGCCGGCGCCUGGAGGUCUACCACGCCGCUGCGCGGCCCGUGGAAGAGUUUUACGCUGCGCGCGGCACGCUGGUGGACUUUGAGAUCACGGGCGGCAUCCCCGAGACGCUACCACGCCUGCUGGAGGUGCUCAAGGGGCUGCCGAGCCAGCAGGAGGCGGCGGUGGCCUGA